CUACUGUACAUUGUCUACUGUACAAUAAUGAAUAUUGAUUAAAUACUGUAUUGUAUUCAAUAGGAUAGUAGCAACUAACAGAGCUUAUAUUGUAAUGCUUCCUGAGGACAGGCAAUUAAAGUCAAUGGACACUAAGUAUCAGUUCCUAUUGAUCAGUAGUCCACCAGCUAAAGAGAUGGCUUUCCAACAAGCUAAACUUAAACACGGGAGCACAUUUGCAUUUCAUGGGUCUAGUAUAGAAAACUGGCACUCUAUCAUGAGGAAAGGAUUAAUAAAUGCAUCAGGAACUAAAUACCAGCUCAAUGGUGCUGCCUAUGGUAGUGGUAUAUACCUCAGUCCUCAUGCAAUGACUUCAUUUGGAUACAGUAACAGAUAUUAUUAUGAUCCAUCAUCACAGAAAAAAGGUAGCAGUGGUAAGCAGUUGGAGACACUAGCAGGAAAGCUCAACAUUACAUGUAUUGCACUGUGUGAAGUUGUCACAAGUAAAGAAUUAAGGAGAAGUGGUGACAUAUGGGUCUGCUCCAAUAGUGAACACGUAGUCACAAGAUUCUUCUUUGUAUAUGACACUAACUCUGCUACCAGUGAAGCCUCUUCUCUUCACACUGAGACUAAUAGAGCAUUCAAACAAGAGAUUAUGCAUGCAGUGGCUUUAGCUAAAAAAAUGAAGUUAGAUAAUUCUACUGCUUCGAAAACUAAAUAGUAUUGUAAAAUUAAUGAUUUUUAUUGUGUUUGUGGUGUACAAACAUCAUUUAUAUUAUUAUGUUUUUUACAAUUUAUAUGAUUAACUGAUUACAUGUAUAUUUUUGUUGCUGUGAAUUUAUCAUCAUUAUUUACGGUGAAUUUUUUGCUCGUUCUCACUCA